AUGUGCGCUACUCGAAGCCCAAACAGCGCUGAUGUCGAACUCUCCGCCUUGGCACGGAACGUUAGCAUGCAGUCCUCCACCAGGCAAAACUCCUCUCCGGCUUCCAGCGACAGAAUUGCAUUCGAACAAGACAAUGCUUCGCUCCGUACCCCUCCUGCUACUCGGGCAGAUGCCUCCCACUAUUCCGAAGCAGAUGAGAAGCGUCUUCACGAAUCUGACGGACACUCCUGGGCGCACAGACGCAUUUCUUCGUCCCACCAGAACAGUCCUGCCAUCGAGAUCCCCUCUCGUCUCCAGGGCUCGUUCACCGCUGCCUCGCAGAACGACUUCGAGCCUACUUUUGCCUCCACUUGGCUCGCAGAGAGGUCCUCCGUCUUCUCUUCCGCCUCGCUCCAGGAGGAUCGCAGCUCCAACGCUGACCUCGAUGUCUCUGGUGAUGGCAGCCACGUCCCUCCUCCCAACGUUGCCACCAUUUUUCACGAUGGUCAGCCCAAUCAGGCUUCACUGCCUACGCAUAGCAACCUUCAAGCCGCCAAGGAUCAAGCUCAUUUCGCCGCUUCCCCUGCUGAAGCCGCUGCUGCCGCUGCUGGCCUCGGAGCUGCGCCUCAUGCUCUUCUCGCUGCUCCAGCCGGUGCCGACCCCAACCACUUGAGCGCAUCCAAUGUCGCUGUUCACUCUGAGCUUUCCGGCGAACUUCGUGCUCUCUACACCAGCUUGCAGACCUGUCUCCAACUCAGGGACAAGUACAUGGGUGUCGCUUUGCAGGCUUCCAUGGAGGACAACCCGAAGAACUGGGACGCCGAAUACUGUGCGCGUUAUGCAGCUGCCAGUGGGGACAAGACUCCCCAAGCCACAUCUGGGCCUGUCCCCGAAGGAUCUAUCAAGAUCGAUGGCUCUUCUCUGCAUCCGAACACAGAUACCCCAAAGCCAUGGCGCAUUUACCCUGCCCCACCUCGCCCCCACUGGGAACUCUUCAACCCGCCACCCGAGUCAUCCUUUGUCGUGCGUCCUACCUCGGUCAACCCCCUUCCACCUCCCAUUCCCCCUGCCAGUCCCGCAAAUGCUCAGGCUGCUCAGGCAUUGCUUGAAAGCACUGGAGGCAAACCUGGCCUCUACCGCGAACAAGAUGUCGUCAUCCCCGAUCAACACGUUCGAGAUGGCUCCCAGCUGACUUGGCACAUGGAUGAGACCGGUGUCAUUCAGGUCUACCAAGGUGAAGCACCCGUCGCACUUUCUACACCUACACAGAACGUCGACGAACCCGCCCCUGCCACUAUCCCGACUGGACACAGGAAGCAACCACUCUUCAAUGUGCCCACCAUUCGAGAGUACUUCAGGGACCUCGACUACCUCCUCAGCGUCAUCUCUGACGGACCGGUUAAGAGUUACGCUUGGCGUCGUCUCAAAUACCUGGAAAGCAAGUGGAACCUCUACUUCCUUCUCAACGAAUAUCGCGAGCUUGCCGACAUGAAGCGAGUCCCUCACCGUGACUUUUACAACGUUCGUAAGGUGGAUACCCACAUCCACCACAGUGCUUCCAUGAACCAGAAGCAUCUUCUCCGCUUCAUCAAGGCCAAGAUCAAGCGCUUCCCCGACGACAUUGUUAUUCAUCGUGAUGGAAAGGAUCUCACUUUGCAGCAAGUUUUCGAGUCGCUCAACCUUACCGCCUACGAUCUCAGCAUUGACACUCUCGACAUGCACGCUCAUCAGGAUGCCUUCCACCGCUUCGACAAGUUCAACUUGAAAUACAAUCCUAUGGGCGAAUCACGUCUGCGCGAGAUCUUCCUCAAGACGGAUAACCUGAUCAAGGGCAGGUAUCUGGCUGAACUCACCAAGGAGGUUAUGGCCGAUCUCGAGCAGAGCAAGUAUCAGAUGGCCGAAUAUCGUGUUUCCAUCUAUGGAAGGACUAAGGGUGAAUGGGAUAAACUCGCCAGCUGGGUUGUUGACAAUGGUCUUUUCAGCCCUAAUGUCCGAUGGCUCAUCCAGGUACCGCGUCUUUAUGAUGUCUAUAAGGCCAACGGCACUGUUGAAAACUUCGAGCAGAUUAUUCGUAAUGUCUAUGAGCCUUUGUUCGAGGUUACUAAGAAUCCGCAGAGCCAUCGCAAGCUGCACGUUUUCCUGCAGCGUGUUGUUGGCUUCGAUCUUGUUGACGAUGAAAGCAAGCCCGAGAGACGUGUUCACAAGAAGUUCCCCGUACCCAAGUUGUGGCACUUCAAGCAUAGUCCGCCGUACAACUAUUGGCUUUAUUACAUGUUUGCCAACAUCUCCAGUCUCAAUCAGUGGCGCAAGCUUCGUGGCUUCAACACGUUUGUCCUUCGACCUCAUGCUGGUGAAGCAGGUGACACUGAUCACAUGGCUGCUGCCUUUUUGACUUCGCAGUCGAUUUCUCACGGUAUCUUGCUUCGCAAAGUUCCGGCUCUGCAGUACCUUUACUAUCUCAAGCAGAUCGGUUUGGCCAUGUCGCCAUUGAGCAACAAUGCUCUCUUCCUCUCCUACGAGCGCAAUCCUUUCCCUACUUUCCUCAAAAUGGGCAUGAACGUCAGCAUCAGCACUGAUGACCCUCUGCAGUUCCAUCUAUCCAAAGAGCCCUUGCUGGAAGAAUACUCGGUCGCGACGCAGAUCUACAAAUUGACCCCGGCAGACAUGUGCGAACUAGCACGUAACUCAGUCUUGCAGUCAGGAUGGGAGAUGGAGAUCAAACGACACUGGUUGGGUCCUAACUUCCAACUUGCUGGUCCUAGAGGCAAUGUUGUUGCCAAGAGUAAUGUGCCGGAUAUCAGGUUGAGGUUUAGGGAGGAGACGCUUAGGGAGGAGCUUGACUUGGUUUGGCAGAAUCAGGCUCCCAUUGCUUGA